UCUCUCUCACCGCAGCCGCUCCAUAAAAGGGUAAAGAAGCAGCUGAAAUCGACGAGGGAAAUAGCUGGAAAAACCAACUCUUUUCUUGUUUUUCUUGCUUUUCUUGCUUUCUGGUAGCUUUGGGGAAUUGGGUUCUGGAAAAGGAGGGAACUUGGGCGCCCGCUUUUUGGGUAGUAAGGAGGUAGACAGGGUUGUUCUGUGUUCUUGUUUCUGGGUUUCCUGUGGUGGAACUUGGGUAGAGAGGAGGAGGAGUGAAGGAGAUGAUGUAUUAUCAGCUGGCAAAGUCUUCUUACCAUGACCCUUUGAAAGUGCUGGAGGCUGAUAUACAGCACGCAAACGCUCUGGCUGCUUCAAUUCCAAGAGCCAAAGGUGGUGCACAUCUUCAAAUGAAAUUGGCGUACAAUCAUUUGGCACCACUCUUUCUGUUUUUGCUUCAAUGGAUGGAUUGUUCAUGCACCUGUGUACUCCCUGGAUAUCUAAACCUCUUUCACAUACUUGUAUACAAGGUAUAUGCAGAUGGUAGAUCAAACCUAUCUAGACAUGGGAGAAAGGCAACAAUUAGGGAAUUUUAUGGUGUUAUAUUACCAUCUCUUCAACGGCUUCAUAGUAACUUAUGGGAAUUGAACAAUGACAAAGCAGAGAGUUCUAGCAAAAAAAGAUUGGAACUAGAUAGUAGAUCUGUAAGCAUGGAUUUGGAGAGAGAAGAUGAAUGUGGAAUUUGCUUGGAGCCCUGCACCAAAAUGGUUUUGCCCAAUUGCUGCCAUGCAAUGUGCAUCAGAUGCUAUCGCAAUUGGAACACAAAAUCAGAGUCCUGCCCUUUUUGCCGUGGGAGCAUGAAAAGAGUUAAUUCUGAAGAUCUAUGGGUGCUAACAUGUAAUGAAGAUGUGGUUGACCCUAAAACAGUUUCCAAGGAGGACUUAUUGCGUUUCUACCUCUAUAUCAGCAGCCUUCCAAAAGAUUACCCAGACGCCCUUUUCUCAGUGUAUUAUGAGUACCUAAUUUGAUUUGAGGAGGUUGAGAAAAUGGUGUAUAGAUAUAGAACAAGCCGACCAUCAAAUGUAAAUAGAGUCUGGUAAGACGGUUCUCCAAUAUUCUCACGGAACUCAGCAAUUCCCAUCUUCUGCUCAUUGCAUGUUUAUAAUUAGUGUAAGAAUUGCUCAAUUAAUCAUAGUACUCAUUCAUGAAACUUGACUCUAUACUCUGCAGUUUACCUAUGGACAUGUUGAAAGUUUUGCGAUAAUUUAUUAGCCAGUGUUGCUUCUCUUUUGAAGUUUUGAACUGUUGCGAUGACAAACUGGACGAA